AAAAAGCGCAAAAUGAAGUAAAAAAAUGUCUAAAUUUCUUAGUUUAAGUAUUGGACUUUUAUUAUCAUUAUUUUGCCAGGUAGCAUGUGCAGAGCCGGAAUUAAGUGCAAAAAAAGUGUAUCAACUGCUGUCAAUGCAACUAUCCAAUGUUGUUCGUGAAACAAUAAUCUAAAAUCUGAGCUUCAGGAAACUAAGGCAGUUGUUGGUAGACUCGAGAACAAAAUCGAAAGUAUGGAAGAGAAUAUAUCACUUAUGGCAAGUAAAGCGGCAAGCUAUGAAGAAGAAAAUUCAAAAGCUCUGUUAAAUGAAAAGAUCCAGUCUUUAGAAAAAUUAUCUGCGUCUCGGCUUCAAAAGAAAUUUAAGACAGAAGCAAUUAUAUUGCGGAAAAUGCUAGUUAGCGAGAAGUCACAUAUGAAAGAAAAAUUAAUGGCAUUUGAACAAAAGUUCAAAAGUUUCCAAUCGGAACUAGUAAAUAAUAUAAAUGUAGUUAAUACCACAGUUGACAGUUUAGAAAAUUCAAUUUUCGAACAAAACCUCAUGCUAGUAGCAGUAAUGAACAAACUCCAAAGUCAAUUAAAUGAAACAGACCUUCUCAUGCAAAAAAUGAAUAUAGAUUUAGAAAAUAAACUAAUAGAAUCGGACGCUAGAAUAAAAGAUGGGAACAUGGAAUUAGCUGAAAAUAUCAAUGAAGUUGACCAGCGUCUAAUCGCUGCCAAGUCAAAUUUGCAAAGUACAUACAAUGGGCUAAACAAACGGCUCAAUAGCGCAGAGAGUCAACUUCGAUCAGUCUUGUCAAAGCAAGACAGACAGGAAGACACAUUUUCUAAUCAGAUCAGUACUUUAAGCAGCCGAAUCCCUGUGGAAGAAGCCAGAAAGGUUGCAUUUUCAGCUAUACUUACGAAGAAACAAAGCUAUUAUGUCAAGAACGAAAGAAUAGUGUUUGAUCACGUGAUAUAUAGUCACGGCGGAGGAUACAGCGCCUCAACGGGGAUAUUUACAGCGCCAAAAUCAGGAACGUAUUUGUUUACUUAUAAUAUACAAUCAUCAGUUUUAGGCGACGCACAUGUUGUUUUGAAAGUGAAUUGGUUCACCACAACUAGCGUCGUUGUAGACAAAGGUGCAGAUAAUAAUAGCGGAAACUCAGGGAUAGGUUACGUUCGGAAAGGUGAAAAGGUUUGGCUAGCGACUGCUAGCUCAGAUAGUGUGUUUUUCAUUUCGCCUUACAGGACAACCGUUAAUGGCAUCUUGAUUGAUUAAAAUAAAGUACCAUGAAUUGCCAUAUAAAAAGCAUGAUCAAAUGUAAUAUGAUUAUAUAUUCCUUCUGACUAAAGUUCGUAUCCUCUUUUGUUUUAUUUUUAGUAUAGCAGGAGCUGAUUUUAAUCACAUUGUUAUGAUAGAUUUGCAAUGCAGUCUCGGAAAUUGUUUAAUUAUUUGAUUUUAUUUGAUUUGAAGUUAAUCCCUUUGAAAACCAAAUUGUUGUUCCAUUUAAAUGCAAAUAAACAUACAAAUAUUAGUUUUGGCCGUCUUUCAUGUGAGCAAAGUAAUUCAUAUUCUUAUAAGUAUUGGUUCACGCAGAUUUAAUUUAAAUUAGUGGAUGAAAUUACAUUUAUCCAAGGAAAUUGAUCAAUUUCUCAAAAUUCUAAUACAUCUAAUUCAUUCUAUCAGCACAAAUUUGUCAUUUAAUACUGUCUUUUUAAAUAACUUAUACUUGCAUUGUUUAAAGAUUUAAAACAUUAUUUCAACCACUAUGGUUAGUGUUUGUAAAACCAACUUUAAUUCCAUUUAUCUUUUGCACGACUGCAUCACGUCAGACACCUUUGUUCCCAUUAAUAUUGACUUACAAACAU